AUGAACGGCGGUACAAACGUCCCCCUCCCACAAGCACAACCUGUAGACAAAAAUUUCCAGCAACAAGGAUAUACACAAUACCAACAGUUCCAAGGACAACAACAGCAACAAAUGUACCAACAAAUACAGCCAGGACAACAACAACAACAAUUUUUCGACCCCCAACCCGGACAACAACCACAACAACUGGGACAACAACAACCGUCACAACAACCACAGUUCGAUACUGUUUUAGUUAAAACCCUAAUCGAACAAUAUUUGCAGUACUAUUAUAACUAUCAACAAAUCAUAUACGAAUUGGAGAAAAAAGGAAUAUCACAGGACGUCACAACUUAUGUUCUUCAAAUCCUUAUCGCACAAAACAGAGAGUAUUUCAUCGCCUAUGAAAUUCGUGUCACACUCAAUGACCAAAUCGACCGAUUCAAUAAAUUCAUUCGUCGUCACUUCCAGGUCGCUGCUCAACAAGUGAUGCAACAACCCCCCGGAGCUGCUUUACAUGCUCCACUCAAUAAUCAAGGCUCACAGAUGUCACAAUCGAUCCCUCCACAACCAAUUCAACAACAACAAAACAUCGUACCACAACAGUCUCAACCUAUUCAACAGAGUGCACAGAUGCCACAGACGCUCCCACAACAAGCUCAACAACAACAAAACCCACCAAUGUCAUUCACAAACGACAUGUCGGGGGACUAUGCAAACAGCUUCAUCUCUUCUUUCCAAGGCGACCAAUCACUCGGUAUGUAA